AAAAUAGAGUCCACUCUUUUAUAUCUCACACAUCCGUAUUCAAGGUCUCUCUCUCAUUUUCUCGCGACCCUAACGGCCUACACUUCACAGAGCGCUUAGACUUGUCUGAUUUUAGGGUUUCUUUCUAAUUUAUUAUCUUCUUCGCGAAACCCUAAUCCUCGGAUCAGGUCUGAGCAUCUGGUUGUUAGGCUUCUCUGGUCAGCCAAGUUUCAUGUCUGAGCUCGAAACCCAGAUUCCUUCUACCUUUGAUCCGUUUGCUGAUGCAAAUGCUGAAGACUCAGGUGCUGGUGCAAAAGAGUAUGUGCAUAUUCGUAUACAACAACGGAAUGGUAGAAAGAGCUUGACUACUGUGCAGGGAUUGAAGAAGGAAUUCAGCUACAAUAAGAUACUCAAGGAUCUCAAGAAGGAAUUCUGCUGCAAUGGUACAGUGGUGCAAGACCCUGAAUUAGGGCAGGUUAUUCAGCUUCAAGGUGAUCAGCGGAAGAAUGUGUCUACAUUCCUUGUUCAGGCUGGCAUUGUGAAAAAGGAAAAAAUAAAAAUUCAUGGUUUCUAAUCUGCAUCAACUCCCUGCAUCGUGCAGUUCCCUUGUAUGUGAGCUCAACGUCUGUUUGAACUCGAGCAUGUGUUAAAGCUGUUAAAUCUAAGUCUUGUUGGUUUGAUAUGUCACCUACAUAAUUCUGCUUCUGUUGUUUCGUUUUUUUUUUUUUGGAUUCUAUGUGGUUUGAUAAUGGGAUGUGUGACUGUAUGCUGUUCUAUUCUCAGUGGUUAUUAUUAUCGGAAGUUAAGUGGUGAGAAUAUA